AAUGGCCGCUCUGUGGUUUACGCGCACAUUUCACUUUACAGUCUAUUGAUCUAAUCAAUGACAUGUCAAACGAAUAUGCUACACAUUGCUUUCUAAACUUUAUUGACGUCAUACCAUUCAAAGUAUGGUACUUACAUUUCACUGAGAUGUAUCUAUGAGUAUUCAGAACCUGUUGUAUACUUAAACACACUAUGAUAUAGUGCCGCUGGAGUUAAUAAACAGGUUGACGGAGGAAUUAGAUGCAUUUAUGUCAGACGAAAACAACACUUGGACCAACCCAGCCAUCGAAAUCUUGUGAAGCUCAACAUGUUCGUAACAAUUCAUCAUCAUAUGAUGGGAUAGUGCACAAUACAGACAAUCUUAGUAAACCUGGGGAUAACUGCUUUUUGGAAUUCUCUCCCAGUAAUUUAAAUAUAAGUACUGAUGAUUCCAUGAACGAAGUGCACGGACUUUUGAAUUCAAGUCAUCUCUCCAUUCCACAGUCAAACAGUCAAAGCCAACCAGCUUUGAAUGAAGAACAAUCCGAUGGUAAUAAAGAAUUGGUUGGUUCUGGGAGUCGGAUGAGCAAUUUAACUUUACAGUGUUUAGAUAAUUACUACGAUGAUGAAGAUGAUGCUUUAUUAGUGAAAGAGUUUAAUCAAGAACACAAAGAAUUUGAAGGUAGUCCAGGUGAUUGUGGAUCAGGAGAUUAUGAUAUCGGCACAUUUGGAUUUACAUCAGUUGAUGACAGGAUUAUUAAAGAAGAGUCUGUCCCUCAUUUUACACGUUAUCGUCCAUCCCCUCCCCCUCCACUUUCACGAGGACAAAUAUUAUUCACUCCAAACCUACGUAAUCAAUCAUCUGAGCUUUCAGAAAGAUCUGAUCAACCCUCAAGAUUUCUCAAUUCGGAAUACAUAACACCUCAAGCUAAGGGUUAUUCUCAGCUUCAAAUGAAUGACUUAGAGAGUGCUACUGAUGACAUGAAUCUCUCUAGUCACCGGUGGUUAACCGAAGACGAAACUUGUGAUAUAAAUCCCACGUUGUAUCAUCGUGUUAUAGAAGAGCCAUCACCUUUCAUUGGUUUAUCGACGACAUUGUCCCCCACUACACUUCCGUUGGAUGCGGGUGUUAUAACUUCCUCAUCCCUUUCCCUAUCUUCAGCUUUGUCUAGAAUAGCUGCAGAUGACCAGAUUUCAUUACCGCUCACUGCUUCAUCUAGUACAAGAAAUAGUGCUAGCACUAAUCCUGUUAAUAGCCCACCUUUACAAGCGUCAACGAUGACGAAAACAUGUAGCCCACCAAAUCAACCUAUUUCAGAUGGACGACAAUUUGUCUCUGUUGCUUGUGAUUCAGAUGUAAGAAUUUCCUCCAUUGCUAGAACAUCGGCACCGUCUUAUACACUAGAUGAUCCGUCUAUCAGUGCUCGCCAAAGGCUGAUGGGGGCUUCUGCUGCUGCAGCCAUUUUGGCUGCAUCUGCAUACUCCGCACAGAAUUACUCUAACAAAAUGAACAAUUAUAGAGAUAUGAUUAGCUUAAAGGGACAAGAUGUUGUUCAUUUGCGUCAGCCACCAACACAUUCGGGUUUAAUUGCUGACGUCUAUUCAAACUCAUCACUUCUACAAAUCCAGUCCAAUGCACGUAGUGCUAUUUCUUCACUUCGACGUCGUGAUCCUUGGUCUAUACCUCUACGGAAAAUGUCUGUGAACUUAAUUCAAACUUACAAGCACAUAAAUGAGGUGUACUAUCGUAAAAAGCGACGCCUUCGUGAACAACAACGCCAAGCAAAUGAAGCUUCUGCUACAGUUUCCGAAACUUCAUUUCAAAAAUCUCGUUCACCUGGACAAGAUCCAUCGUCUAGUGACCAAUUGGAUGCACUUUGGAAAAUUUCAAGCAGUGAAGCAUACUCAGAUGCACGUCAAAUAUAUGAUCAUAGUAGUACAGAUGGUAGUGUCGGGGUUAACGAACACCAAUUACUUACUUCGGCUGUAUUUAAUCAACAAAGUCCAACAACCUUUAACAAUGCCACAAAUUUGUCUACGAAUUACAAUAUAGGUUCAGCUAUUCAGUCACAAUCUAUUUCAUGUAACCACCCUGCUAUAUCUUCCAAAAACUCACCUUUUCCUCGAAAUCAAGCACUACUGAAUGUAUCUCGAGUGGAUUCAGAUCAAACAACACAAUCUUAUCUGUUCAAUACUACCGCCCUGAAUGGUGUGACAAAUCGCUUUUCUACACUUGGUAAGUGGUCAUGAUACUAUUAUAUAACUGACUGCAGUAUUUAAAAUAUUUGCAGGAAUAUGACAAAGAAUACCUAAUAUUACUUUCUUGAUAUGGUGACGAACAGACUGAUGACUGCUACUUCAACAUGACCUGAAUAUCGCGAUAAUGUAACAAUUUAUGCUAUCUGGAACAGCUGUUUCUGGUGACCCUAUAACUCCAUAAUGUUCGGAUAGAUACCGACAACAUUAUGGUAUAUCUUACAGUACAGUGGAGGUCUGAUGACGUAGGCGUAUUGUUUUUAGGUGAUGGCAAAUGAAAGGCAAUGAGAUAUUUCUCUUGCAUGGUAAGCUAGUCAUCUAUGCCGAUUUUCGGUUUUGCAGGGGAAGGGUUAGAAAAGACUUGUCUCUAAAUAGUUAGACACUGAAGUAUUUCACAGCAGUUAAUAGUAUGUAAUAAGGUUCCUUAUGCAGACGGGACUCAGCAAAUUUUAUCACCCUUAAAUAGAUGGGGUGUACCACCUUUCUUCAUACCACCACUAUACAAAAGCCAUCCAUUUACCAGCUGUCAACUUUAUUAUUAACCAUUCCUCCGUCUCUACUACCUGUCCCCAUAACUAAUAUGCCAAUUUCUCUUUAUACUUUGCACCUUUCUUAGUAUUUCAAAAUCACUUUGUGUUGUCCGACUAACUGGUCCUG